CUGUCUCAUAAUCAAAAAUAGCAAAUCUAUACCUUAUUCUUUCUUUUUCCUGUUUUUACUCUCUUAUCGUCAUACAUAUUUUAUUUUCUUCUCUUCUUUUUCUUUUUCUUUCUCCCUCUUAUUUCCUUGUUUUUAACUUAUAUAAAAAAGCUAGAGCCAGCAAACAACACUUUCCCAAGAGUGAAGCUAACUUUGCAUGCAGACAAGAAAAAGAUCAUUCAAAAGUUAAAGCCAUCUAAUCUAUUUGAACUUCCAAUACUGCUGCUUCUAAGACUUGGUGGUUGGUUCUCUGUUUUUGCUUUGUUCUUUUAUAAACUCUCUGUCUAUAGAGAGUGAAAGAACUAGUAAAAGCUAAGAACUAAAGUGAGAAUUUGAAGAUAUGGAAAAAUACUCUAAUGGGCUGAGCCACCUAUUCAUGACAGUGUUUCUACAUUGCUUCUCUGCAUUCAUGGUGAUUCCAACCAUAACUGAUAUCACUAUGUCUGCCAUUUGUCCUGGAAAAGAUGAAUGCUCCAUUGCUAUAUAUCUCACUGGAAUUCAACAGGCGAUAAUAGGAUUGGGAUCACUAAUUAUAAUGCCUGUGUUGGGAAAUCUGUCAGACACUUAUGGGAGAAAAGUCAUGCUGAUGCUCCCUUUGACCCUUUCUAUAUUUCCUCUAGUGAUAUUGGCGUACAGCAGGACAAAAUACUUCUUCUAUGCUUACUAUGUGCUAAGAACUCUGGUUGCUAUGGUUUGCGAAGGAAAUGUUCACUGCCUUGCUCUUGCCUAUGUGGCUGAUGUUGUUCCAGAGAGCGGCCGUGCCUCUGUGUUUGGAAUCCUCUCAGGCAUUGCCUCAUCUGCUUUUGUCUGUGGAAAUCUCGCUACUCGCUUUCUCUCCACUGCUUCCACUUUUCAAGUUGCUGCAGCAGUGGCAGUAAUAGCUCUUGUAUACACAAGGAUGUUUCUGCCAGAGCCUUUGAUAAAAGACCACAUUUCUGCAAAAGGAACAGAGACAAUUUGUCUUUUGGAAAAAGCUCCAAAGAAAACAUUCCAAUUAUUAAAGGCACUGCCUUCUUUCAAGGAUGUGUUCUGUUUGUUAAAGAAAAGCUCCACAUUCUUACAUGCAGCUACUGUUUCUUUCUUUGUCAAUGUUGCACAAGUUGGACUUGAAUCUUCUCUUCUUUAUUUCUUGAAGGCUCAGUUUCACUUCAACAAAGACCAAUUUGCUGAUUUGAUGAUAAUUUCUGGAAUUGCAGGAUCCAUAUCACAGCUUCUUCUGAUGCCCAUAUUAGUUCCUGCUAUUGGAGAGGAGAAGCUGCUCUCUGUUGGGCUCUUUUUCAGUUGCGUUCAUAUGUUACUUUAUAGCAUUGCUUGGUCCUCAUGGGUCCCUUAUGCUAGUGCGUUGAUCUCCGUUCUGUCUAAUUUUGCGAUGCCAUGUUUGAAGAGCAUGGCCUCCAAGCAAGUUGGGCCAAAUGAGCAGGGAAAGGUUCAAGGAUGCAUCACAGGCAUAUGUUCCUUUGCGAGCGUAAUUUCCCCAUUGAUUUUCAGUCCUUUAACAGCUUUAUUUCUAUCGGAACAUGCACCCUUUCCUUUCCCAGGAUUCGGACUAGCCUGUGCUGCCUUUGCAAUAAUGGUAGCAUUCAUUGAGAGCUUCAUGAUACGUUCCACUCUUCCUGUAACCAAUUGCAGCCUAAGCUAUUCAGACUCAGCAGAGCCUUAGUCUUGCAAUUGGAGUGUAAUGGCUCUAAACCAUAAGGCCAUUUCUUUAUAGUUCAACGAUCUAUUCAACUUCAUCGACUGUGUAUCUUAUGGCAUACUGAAGUCAGCCUGAAAUUCGACAUGGAGUGAAUAUGUUGUCAAGAUCGUUAUGCUUGGCUCCUUGUCUUACAGAAAAAUCCGGAUUACUACAGCCUCCUUGG